AUGUGCCGCUUGACCUUCUUCUUGCUGGGUCUUUCAACCACCCAAGUGCUUGGUGCAGCACUCGGCAAGAGAGCGGCCGUGGAUGACUGUCUUAAAGCGGCUUCCAUCCCAGUAGACACACCAGGCUCUGCAGAUUGGAAAGCCGACGCAGCGCCUUACAACCCUCGAUUAACGUAUACACCGGUAGCGAUUGCUGUACCGACGUCUAUCGAGCAUAUACAGGCAGCUGUCUCAUGUGCGGCAAAGGCUGGUGUUAAAGUCAACGCCAAGGCGGGUGGCCACAGCUACACCUCUCUGGGAUUCGGGGGCGAAGACGGGCACUUGAUGGUUCAACUGGACCGGAUGUACAAUGUCACGUUGGAUAAGAAAACGAACAUUGCAACUGUUCAAGCAGGAACACGACUAGGCCAUGUUGCGACAGAACUGUAUAACCAGGGGCAGAGGGCCUUCCCACACGGAACUUGCCCUGGCGUUGGAGUGUCCGGACAUGCGCUCCACGGAGGGUUCGGCAUGAGUUCUCACUUAUAUGGCUUGGCAUUGGACUGGAUCGUGGGCAUGACCGUCGUUCUGGCUAACUCCUCAGUUGUUCACACUUCAGAAACUGAGAAUCCGGAUUUGUUCUGGGCACUCAGGGGUGCCGGAUCGAACUUUGGCAUUGUAGCUCAGUAUGAGUUCAAGACCUUCGCUGCACCGUCCAGCGUGACCUAUUUCACCGCCUCGAUGCCUUUGACGAGGGCGAAUGGCGUGGAGAGAAUGGAGGCCCUGGAAGACUACAUCAAGAACUCCAUGCCCGCCGAGCUCAACAUGCGGCUCUUUGCCGGGUCGUCAUUCACUCAACUGGAAGGGCAGUUCUUUGGUGAUGUUGCAGGGCUUAGAAUUGCUCUCGCUCCGCUGUUGAACAAGACUGGUGGCUCUAUUCAGAUGGCCCAGAGCACGGGCUGGAUAGAAGCUCUUACCCAUUAUGCCAACGGCAAGUUGGACGUCACUCGCCCAUAUUCAUUGCAAGAAACGAUUUACUCCAAGAGUUUGGAGCUGACAGGACUCAAUGGAACAGCGGCCAAAGACUUCGUCAACUACUGGUUCGAUACAGCCAAGAACUUGAAAACCAGGUCAUGGUACUUUCAGCUGGACGCUCAUGGUGGAAAGAACUCGGCAAUCACCAAUGGAAAUCACGCUUCUUCUUCAUAUGCCCACCGAGACAAGCUAUAUCUGAUCCAAUUCUACGACCGACAGUACAGCGGAGCAUAUCCUUCAACUGGGUACUCCUUCUUGGACAACUGGGUUGCCAAUACGACAUCCAGUCUUGCAAAAGCGGACUGGGGCAUGUACAUCAACUAUGCUGAUUCGAGCCUCAGUCGCGCCACGGCGCAGCAGGUUUACUAUGGUACCAGCUUGCCACGGCUGCAGCGCAUCAAAGCAGCUCUUGAUCCACAGGAGCUCUUCUUCUAUCCGCAAUCAAUACAGCCUAAUGCAGCGGCGUGA